GGAGGGCGAAAGCUGACUGGGAACAGUGACGCUAGGGUUUUGCAGUGGUGGAGAAGGCCAUACGUCAGAGGCAUAAUGGCGGAGGCUGGUUGAAGAGGACAGGCACUCAGCAAAGCUGCGCUGUUACCAAUUUCUUCGCCCUCAGAAGAAGUCCGCAGUGCCUGAAAAUGGCCUGCAAUUCUUACGCGGAAAUUGAAAACGACAACGAAAGCCUUAAGUUCAGUGGGAUUUCAUCCGAGGGCUGCAACUCUCAGAAGCAAUUGUUGUCAGAUAGUAUCUCGGCCACAUCCAAGCAAAAUGGCGAACAAGCUGUAUGUGAAGACGAGCAAAUGUCUGAACAAGAUGCGUCUGAGCGGCGGAAGAGCGGUAUGAUGGAUUUGAAAACCAGCAGUACUUCACCGUCGACACUUCAGAGACCUGCUGAAGAGUUGCUAAGAAGAAAUUUUCAGAUUCCACGGAAGAUCAAGGAAAGGAAAGGUUUGUUCCAGAACCUUUCCCCAGAAUCUCGUGAGUUUGAUGAACUUGUGAAGCUUCUCUCCUCUUUCUACCUGGAGCCUAACUCGCGGGGGACCUUCACAUACACCAAAGCCCGUCUCAUUCACAACGAGCUUCUUGAAAAAGAAUUCAUUGAGAAGAAGAGGGAGCUCAAGCAGCAUGGCCGCACAGAUGCAGAGCUGGAGGAGUCGUAUGGCUUCUUGCUACCGGACAAAGACAAGGUCCAGGCCAUCUGUGAGAAAGGCCUGUCUGUGGGCCACUCCCGCGUUAGCAUGCUGGGCAGUCCUGCUAAAGGUGUGUAUCUAUCAAGGUACUCUGAUCUAUUGCAAGUCAAUACAUUUGAACCCGGAACAACUGGAGAAAUCAUAGUGUUCAAAAUUAUGAAGGGUAAAUUAAAAACCAUAUAUGAAAACACACCAAAGAACGCGGUGGACCCUACGCAGAAGUUCGACUGUCACGUGUUCAAGAAUGCAAGCAAAGUGGCGUCCCUCUACUCCUACCGGGCGUUUGAACACACUCAGCAAUACCUGUUUGAGUUUGCCUAUGAAGAGCUGAAGACCCGGCCCAGACACGUGUGCCCUUACGCUGUGCUGUCCUUCCAGUACAGAGGCAAAGAAACAGUUGCCUCUCUAAACAGGCUCAACAGCCCCAUGAGUGAUGGAAACCGAGUGAGGCGCAGGUACACAGUCUGGAGUGGGACCCUGGUGAACGAGGGAGAGGAGCUUUUCCAGAUUAGUGUCCGAUCUUCCAACCUCCCCCUUCUGCCCUUCCGACUACCUGAUAAACUGGACGUCAGCACAGCGAUGUACUUGGAUGCAUUCAAGAGGAGGAUACCAGCGUUGCUAUCGUGGGACACUUUCUACGGCAAGCGGGAAGUGUUAAAGUAUGGCAUGUACUGCAGUUUGUUUGAAGUGGUGAGCAAGAGCAAACCUGGCAACCAAAAUCUAGCUGGACUGCUACAGAAGCUUGAGAAGGACAAAAUAGUGCUUGUGAAGCCUCUUAUGGACAAAGGAUUUCUCUUCCUGCUUUCAUCCGCCCAAAUGCAAAUAUCAAAUGAGAGGAAGAGUCGAAUGGAAAAAGGUUUACAGGCCCUCUUUAUCUUUCAAGACCCUAGACUGGGCCCAGACCCCAGACUGACAAAAUUCUCAACCACAUGCACGGCUCCCCCUCCCCGCGACCCGAGUGACGGAGUGGUUCUGCGUCGGCUGGAGCCCUUUCUGCCGGCCCUCCACCAUGCGCUGCUGCGCCUGCGCUCGCAUCCGCCCAAGGACCUGGGGGCGGCCGUGGAGCGCCAAGCGAUGGACUACCUGGGCCAGCAGCGAAGGGGCCGCUGCCCGUCGACUGCCUUCCGGCUGCCCGAGUACCGCCAGCACCUGGACGAGCGGCCCGGAUACCCCUCGGGGCCCCGGCCGCGCUUCAGCGGCGAGGCCCUGCGCGCCUACCUCCACGCGCCGGCCUCCUACCAGCUGGCCGCCGCCAAGGCCCACGGCCUGCUCAGCGGAGAGGGCCUGGAGCAGCGCCGACCGCAACGCCCUCCGCCUGCUGUGGCUGCGACGGCUCCGGCAGCAGCAGCGUCUGCAGUGGCAUCUGCGUCGGCGUCCAGCCUGACCAUAUCCCCGGCGCCGUCCCCCGCGGGGAUGUCUGAAGACCGCAGCCCGGCCUCAGACUGGGGGAGUCAGGAAAGGCCGGCCUCUGCAUCAGGGGCCCGAGUGACGCAGGCCAAUGGGGGGAGCCAGAGAGCUCCCCAACGCCCAGGGGGAGGGGGAGGGGGGCAGUACGACAAGGACAAGAUGGAGAAGCUGCUGCAGCUGAUCCACAUGCACAAACGGACGCUGCAUGGGGGGAGGGAGGACGAUGACGAGGGCUGGGACGCCGCCGGACUCAAAAGGAGGUUAGAGGACGAAGGGGGAGCGCAGGCCAGCAAGUACCUGAGGACGAGCCUGCUGAGCAACGGCGAGCCUGGGAGAGUGCCUGGUAGUGAGGAGGCCGGCUCUGAGGAAAGCCCGUCUCUGUCCCUUUCCAUGGUGAUGGACAGCAUGGGCAUCUGUGACACGGACCUGCGCGAGCGCGUGGGCCCGACCUCCGAGACGCACCGGCUGAUCAAGCUGCUCAUGAGCACGCUCAACCGGGCCAUCACUCACGGCGCCACGGGGGCCGAGCUCGCCGCGGAGACCCUGGAGCGGGUCAGCGCCGAAGGGCUAGGGAUGGAACUGGGCCUGGGCCUGGGCCGGGCGGAGGCGACAGAUCUGGACCUGCGGUCACGAGUGAAGGAAGAGGAGCCGUCGACGCAGGACUACCUAGAGGAUCAGACAGCAUGCAGUAUGAGCAGCAUGGACGUGUGCAGUCCUGCGUCACCCGGAGAGCCUCUGCAGCAGCCCGCCUCGUCCUUAGACGCCCUUGACCACUGGGGUCACUCAGAGAAGGGUCCUCUCCCAGUCCCGGAGCGUAUCCCCCGCGGAGCAGAAGGCGAGAGCAGCAAAGCGAUGGGCCAGUCCCUGGACACCAUCGUCCACAACGAGUUCCAGUGCCUCUCGUCCCACAUCAAGCACUUGAUGGACAGCCAGCACAUCUACUACGCCCCCCAGCCUCCGGCGCAGCGGCCCGACCCCCACCUGCUGCGGCUCAGCACCACCUUCUCCACGUUCGUGUCGCACCACGUCAAGCCGCUGCCCGUGCAGCCGUACCUCAGCACUCUCCGCGAGCGGAUCGGACACCUGGUCGGCCCGCCCAGAUCUACCCCUGCGCCUGUGGUCAAAGUGGAGCACCCGGUCCCCGUAACUGUUACUGCCUCCACCCCUCCCGCAAUUACCCCCACACCUGCCUUCGCUCUUGCCCCUGCCCCAGGUCCGGUUACGGUUACUCUGGCUCCCACAACGGCUCUACCCCCCGUCCACCCUCCUGCCAAUGCCGUAGGCCUGGCCCCAGCCGCACCCAUGGUUACCCCAUCACAUCCUCCUCCCAAUGUCUCUGGUGCUAUUUCUGCCCCACCGGCAGUUCUGACCCCACACCAUCCUGCCCCUAUUGCCCCAGCGCACGUGGCUCCCCCUGCAGUCUCCACUACUGCAGCCGCUGCUGCUUCUACUCCUCCUCCUGCUGUUGCCCCUGCAAGCUCUUUUACCCCACCAGCCAAAGCCCCCGCAGCUUCGGUUGCCCCGCUGGCAAAGACCUCAAGAAAGCCUCGCAUGGGCACCGUCAAAGACCCCCACAAGCCCCUCGCCGCUGCCACGGAGAAAGCCGAGAAGACGGCGGACGUCAAGCCAAUGGUCUCGGCCCUCGCGCCGGAACUUCCUGUCUCCUCUCCCUCGGCGGUCAGUCAGCCGCAGCAGGCACCACCCCCUUCCUCAGAUCCUGCCCCUGUCCCCGCCGCCACAGCCAAUCCCAGUGACAGCACAAGCGCGGCAAACAGCCUGAUCAGUCAGAUCAAGCCGGACGUGUUCCUCAGCCUGGUGCAGAUGGUGCAGAGGAACACGCUCAAGUUCUACAUCCACGUGACUGAGGACGACAGCGAGACUCAGCUCUGCACAGAGAUUAAGGAAUACUUGAAGAGCUUCGGCAACGUGGAGUGCAAUCCACAGAGUUUCCUGGAGAACAACAACAGCCUUGACAAGUUUCUUGUCAUCAUUCAAAAUGAGGAUAUAGCUAUGCAUGUUCACAAGAUCCCUGCAUUGGUGUGUUUGAAGAAGUUACCAUCUGUGAGUUUUGCCGGCGUGGACAGUCUGGACGACGUGAAGAACCGCACCUAUAAUGAGCUGUUUGUGUCCGGCGGCCUUAUUGUGUCUGAUGAAUUAAUCCUCAACUCAGACUUGAUGACACUCGAUAAACUGCAGAGGUUGCUGAAGUUUCUAGAGGAGCAGAGUUCCAUCUGGCAGUGGAAGGUGCAUUGCAAGACCCAGAAGAAGCUCAAAGAGCUCAGCAGGUUAAACAGUGAUACGAUGAGCAUGUUAAACCUGCUAACAACGUAUCAGAAGAAGCACUUGGUAGACUUUCUACCCUAUCAUGAAUGUGAUGCUCCCACAAAGACCGCCCCUGAUGUGGACUGCCUUGUCAAGCUGCAGGCCCAUCACACACAACACAGACACAUCAUCUUCCUCACUGAGAGAAAGCUGGAGAUGCUCCCACACUUCUCCAGCCAUGGGAUCCUUGUCGCCAGCAUGGAAGACAUCCUGGACAACUUCACAAGCAUCAUCAGCUUCAGUCCACCCAAGAUGGAGCCGCCCGCACCCACGGCCCCACCAGAAGUACAUUAAGGAUAGAGAGGAGACUGCACGCCAUGAACAGUUAUACUGUGGAUGCAGCUGUUUCACAAAGCGCAACUUAAUAUAAAUAAGAAAUAAAUAGCGCAACACUGCUCACUUAAUGAACAACUGAUCAAGGUCUGACUGACUGAAACGUUAGCUGAUUGUUGUUUGUUAGGUGAGCAGCGUUGCAGUAUUUUUUAUUUAUUCUUAUUCAUAUUAAUCUUCGGUACAUUACCUUUACCUUCUCAUUUCUAUUACUUUAUAGAUUACCUUAUUUUUUUAUUAUUUUUAAGAACCCUAUGUUGCAGUUUGCUGGAACGACUAAAUAAAUAUUGAUUGCUUGCUUGAAAGAUUGUUUUAUUGAUUGAUUGAUUACUGUCAUCCAGCACUUGAAUCUUUGUGUGUGUUUGUCACUGGGAGCGCUUCACUUAAAGGAGUAAACAGAGUGAAUGCAUCACCAAUUGACAUCAGAUUGUCAGGUCAAGGUUGCACAGUUGCACAAACCAGUCGGUUGCUGUGGCUCUACUGGCAGAGAUAUGCUAACAGCGCCAGAGCUGUGCUAACAAGUCAUGAAUGUGAUGUGGAGAGAACAUGCAUAGUCAGAACAAAACUGCCCUAAGGUUAUUAAGGGUUAUUAGGUAAAAACCUCUGCUGGAUGCACACAUUUCUUACACAUCAUCUUAGUGUGGUACAUGUAAAAACCUCCUAUCUUUUAGCAUCCAACAUGCGCAGAACAGUGUGUGAAAGGGAGUUCUUUCAGAGCCAAUGGAGCCUACAGAAGCAAACAACAUAAUGUUCCUUUUCGAGUCUUGUGCCACAGCUAAUAUAUCUUCGUCUGUCU